AUGCAUGCACUUCCUGUUCUACCUUGUCCUACACCUCUCCAAGUCCUGCUCUCCCUCGGUUUGCUCCCUCUGUCUGUGUCUGCCGCGCGCAGCACAGGCGGCCGGCGGUGGCGACGCACCGGCCGGUCAGGUGUCACACGGGCCGCGCGACGACGGCUCAGUGUCCUCCUGCAUCGUUUGCAACCGCGCCGCAGCCGCGACGCGGUGAAUUCGUGCUCAGUGCGGGGGUGUGGGGCGAGAUGCAGACGUAAUCUGAGCCACCACCAGAUAUCCGACGCCGGCCAAUUCACUCCUCGUUUUUGGGACGUGUGUGUGUGGGUGAUUAUGUUUGUCUUGCAAUCUUCGCUGUCUACUACGACGGCUGAAGAGGCGCAGCCUAAACCUGCUGCCAUGUUUGCGAAGGGCGGUCUCUUCACAGUCAGCAACGCGAUUCCAUGA